CCAACUCGCUAAUACCCAAUGAUUAUGGUAGACAUUGUACUAUAGCAUUAAGGCGCGAGGUGAAGUGUGCGUUACAACGUUCGUGUAUAAGCAUGGAUAGUCGUGUCGAAUUGUACGAAGAAGUCAAGCUUUAUCGUACUGCACGUGAAAGAGAGAAGUAUGACAAUCUUGCAGAACUUUAUGCUGUUAUCAAUACAAUGCAGUGUUUACAGAAAGCGUACAUAAAGGAUUAUGUCGAAUCAAAAGAAUAUACUGCUGCUUGCUCAAAGCUUCUUGUGCAAUACAAAGCUGCAUUCAAGCAAGUUCAAGGAGAUGAGUUCGCCACUGUAGAGGAUUUCAUGCGAAAAUAUAAGAUGGACUGUCCAGCUGCUCUAGAGCGUAUUAAGGAAGGAAGGCCAAUAACUAUUAAGGACGAUAAGCAGAAUGUGAACAAAUGUAUAGCUGAUACUGUUUCUCUGUUUAUUACGAUUAUGGAUAAGUUGCGAUUGGAAAUCCGUGCAGUUGAUGAAAUCCAUCCAGAUCUUCGAGAGUUAUACGAGACUAUUUGUCGACUGAGCAUCUUACCUUCUGAUUUUGAAGGUAAAGAUAAAGUUAAAGUUUGGCUAGAUAAAAUGGAUCAAAUGCAAGCUUCUGAUGAAUUAUCUGAAGCUGAAGUACGUCAAAUGCUUUUUGAUUUAGAUUCGUCAUACAACGCCUUCAAUCGAACGUUGCAUUCUGGUCAAUGAAUUAGUAUUUUGGCUGCCACUGAUGAUGGUCUGUUAAUCUAUAAAGUGUAUAAAAUAAAUGUUUUGUCAAAAUGGAUUUUUAUACAUUAUUUCUAUGAUGUAAUGAGUAAAAUUUGAUUUAAAACAUGCCAUCGUGUGGAGCUUUUAAUGUAUACUGUUUAAUAAACAACUUGGAGAUGUUA